GUAGCGAGUGCAAAGGUCAUUAGGCCAGAAAUCCAUAAUUUUAGUGUGAACUUUAAAGGUGACAUCAAUUAUUUGCUCAUCAUUCAUCAAUCAGUCAACCCUGGAUCAGAUAUAGCCAUGGAGGCCACGUCCAACUUCUCCUUUCAUAUUCUUAAGUCCCUCAGACAGUACCCAAACAAAGUGCUACUGGCAGUGAACAGUGAUGACUGUUGUACAGGUGUCCAGCUCCACGAGAAGAUCACUGCCACCAUCACCCUCCUCAAGUGGAGGGGCGUGUCCCCUAACGACCGAGUCCUCAUGACCGUUCCAGUCUCAGUUGACUUCUACGCUAUCGCCAUAGCUGUCUUUGCUAUAGGUGGCUCUGUGAUCAUCAUUGACCCAUCCAUGGGCCUGGAGAGAUGUGAUCAUUGCAUAGCAGUAGCCAAAUCGUCGGUGUGGAUCUGGAAAAAAGGUUCAAAGUUCAAGUACAUCAAGUACCUCCUCCCCUCGCUGAGCUUGAUACCUACACAUCUGGAGGUGGGGGACCUCACUCUCCCCACUACCUCUCACGAACUGUUUGACCCCUCAGAGGUCAUACCAGUUGACCACGCCCUUGUGACCUUCACUACUGGCAGUACCGGCAUGCCCAAACUGUUGCUACGGAAACACAGCUUUGUGUUGAAACAGUUCCAAGCAAUCUCGAUAAGCUACGAGACGGUGAUUAAGAGUGAGAUUGGGUUGGAGGAGAAGGAUGCUGUGUUCAUCACCAACCUGCCAGUGUUCCCACUGCACUUCCUUAAUGUUGGCUCUACUUGCCUCAUCUAUCCCAACAUUCUUAAAUUCAGUCCUUCAGAUGUUCUCAAACAAGCCAAGAAAUUCAACGCUACGGCCAUAACAGGCUCUCCAGCUUUUGUCGAGAAAAUUGCCAAUUAUGCCAUUAAACAGAACAUCAGUCUGCCGGUCCAAUACACAGCUGUGGGGGGUGCUCCAAUCUAUAAGGGGGUCUUUAGGAAAAUUGCUUCUGUAACCCCCGGACGAAAAGCUGCUGUUAUUUACGGCUCCACCGAGGCUGAGCCGGUGAGUGUCGUGUUUGCACAAGAAAAGAUGGCGCUUGAGGGAGAGGACAGUGUCGGCCAUUGUGUGGGGCAGCCGGUGUUCAAGGGGAGCGUCAAGAUCAUCAAGAUACUGGACGGACCCCCCACAGACCCAGUGAAUAUCGCUAGGGACUACGAGUUACCCCCCGGGGAGAUUGGGGAGAUCGUUGUAUCAGGAUGGCACGUCAACACAUAUCAGGUGGACGCUGCUAGAUUACUAACAGAUGAUGAUGGUCUUGUGUGGCUGAGGAUCGAGGAUGCCGGUUACAUGGAUAAGGACGGCAGGAUCUGGUUGGUCGGACGAGUCAAGUGGCGGGUGGAGAGGAACGGGGAAACAUUCUGGUCCGUACCCGUUGAACAAAAGAUUCUAGACCGUUGCAGCCUGAUCACAUUUGCCUCUUAUCUCUCUCACAACGGCGAGGCCUGGCUGUUUCUAGAGGCUCCCACUGGCCUACCAGACAGAGAAAAAGCAGGUGUAGAGUCCCUGUUGAGCAGAGAGGGUAUACCAGUGGACCAUCUCAGUAUUCGUAAGAGCCUUCCAAGAGACAGGAGACAUCAGUCAAAGCCCAAUACAGCUGCUCUAUUCAACAAGUCCAAUCCAAACAGUUUCUCAAAAAUCAUUAAACUGUUCCUACGAGCAAACACUAUGUUAGCUGUUGUUUUUAUUUUCUUUCAGAUGAUGCUGAUUGCGUUUGUGAGUUUGUACAUCUUAGGAAAUUUGUAAUAGCCCCACUCAUCAAUAAUUAUUGUUUUUUAUAUCGAAUUUAAAUUUUCACUCAACAUAAUUUUUCUGAAUGAGAAUAUUGAUGAACUAUAUAUAUUAUAAUUAUAA